GAGAUAAAUAGGCGAAAGAGGACUUUGGAACCUCGCAGUCACUCAUCCCGACAGCCACAUCCACUGCUCGCCUGCCCCCCCUCCUUCACCUCCAGCUCCUUUCUCCACUUAUCUGCUGCAAGCUUUCAAUCUGCUGGACCACUGCAAAGAACCAACCGUUUGUCUCUGUCUAACCUGAACCAACCAUGGAAACCAACAGCAAGACUCUCUCCUUCUCUGAUGCCCUCUUUCACCUGCUUGUCAUGAUGCUAAAUCUUAUCCCAGGCGUUCUUUCAAUGCCAGUCCCAACAGACAUCCCUAUGUGCACAGCCUCAGAACCAGCCCAAUACAGCCUGACGUUCACUGGAAAAUGGACCCCAGCAGCUUUCCCUAAGCAGUACCCUAUUUACCGCCCACCUGCACAGUGGUCCAACCUUAUUGGGGUGACCCACAGCUCUGACUACCACAUGUGGCAGAGUAAUGAGUUUGCCAGCAACGGGAUGAGGGAUUUUGCAGAGAAAGGCGAAGCCUGGACGAUCAUGAAGGAAGUCGAGACGGCAGGAGAACAGAUCCAGAGCGUUUAUGGGAUCCUCUCUGCUCCUGCUGUUGUGGGAGGAACAGGACAGAUGAGCACACAGUUUGAGGUGUUUGCCAGGCACUCCUAUCUAUCAUUUGUCGUGCGCAUUGUCCCCAGUCCAGACUGGUUUGUGGGUGCAGACAGCAUUGACCUGUGUGAUGGUGACCACUGGAAAGACAAAGUCACCUUGGAGCUUUUCCCAUACGAUGCAGGAACUGACAGCGGGUUCACCUUCUCUUCUCCCAACUUCGAGACUAUCCCACAGGACAGAAUCAUGCAGAUCACCUCAUCCUUCCCGAGCCAUCCUGCCAAUUCCUUCUUCUAUCCCCGCUUGAAGCAUUUACCGCCCAUUGCCAAGGUCACACUGACAAAAAUAAAGAAAACAAAUCAAAUCAUCAGUCUGCCUCUGGAGCCCACCCAGUCCAACCUGCUGCCAACAGGAAAUGAGAUUGAAGAAAAGAUGAUAAACACCCCUCUGGACUGUGAGGUGUCACCAUGGUCCCCAUGGGGCUUGUGCAAAGGCAAGUGUGGAGACUCAGGUGUCCAGCACCGCACCAGAUACGUCAUCAUGCACCCAGCCAACAACGGCGCAGCCUGCCCCCUGCUGGAGGAGGAGAGGAAGUGCUCCCCGGACAACUGUUUAUGACUAGGCCAGGGCCGGAGAGAGAGGAAGGAGAGGAAGGAGAGGAGGAAGAAAAAAGACAGGAAAGGAAGGAAUGGCCGCAGACGUUCAAAGAACCACAAAAGGUCUACAGUUUAUUCACACGAGGCGUAAACAGACAUUAUUUGUCUCUGAUGUUGAUUAAACCAAGAAAGAAUUCCCACCCUGAGUCAUUCUAAUAGACAUAUCAGUACUAAACAGGUGUAGUGUAGCAAUAGUCUUAUAGACACCAACUUAGUUUUGAUAAAUUAUCGAAAUGACUUAAGAUGGGAUGACAGAGAGGAAAAUUUGAAAACACAUGGGUAUUAAAUGUGGUGUUAAAAAUUGAAAUCCUACCAAAUUACAUUUGACCAAAACUAAAUCUUCAUAAGAGCAGAACUGACAUGUGCAGCUUAUUUACAAACAUACUGGGUUUGAGUGGCUUUCCUUCAGAAAAGGAAUAUUUAUUGACAGGAUUUUAACCUGUUUUGUACAGUUUCCCAAGUCUAAAAGUAUUAAAUUGUAUUCAUUUUUAACAUUGAGAUAUAUGUCUAACGGUUUUUGUGUAAAUCGAUAAAAAAAAAUGUAAGAAUGUCACAAAAAAAUCUGUUUUUUU